AUGGACACCACAAUAUUCCAUUUUAAAUUAACUCCUGAAGAAGCUGACCAUCUUGAACAUUAUAAAAUACAAACAAGAGAUGAGUCAAUUAUUAAUAAUAAAAUUAAUAUUCCUUAUCUCUUUAUUCCAAUUAAUAAUAUUAUUCCAAAAUGGGUAGUUCCAAAUAUGAUUACAUUAAGUGGGAAUGUAAUGCCAAUUCUUGCAUUUACAUUAAUGACAAUAUUAUAUCCAGAUUAUUCACAACCACUUCCAGCAUGGAUGUGUAUUUUUAAUUCAUUUUCAAUUUUAUGGUUUUGGAUUGCUGAUUCAUGUGAUGGUAUUCGUGCACGUUCUUCUGGUAUUUGUUCACCAAUAGGAGAUUGGUUAGAUCAUUCAUUAGAUAAUGCUUUUUAG